AAGCGUAAGUUACUUCUGCGCUUGAACGCGUAUUAGUAUUCACAGUCACUAGUCAGUCACGUAACUGCCCAGGAAAUUUAAACUUAUAUUAUACACAUUAAACAAUUUUCCGAAGAUGUGGCUUAACAUCUUUCCACCAUUAUUGAUAGUAGGAACAUUAUUGGCAGUACCAGCUUAUGUUUCACCGUUCAUAAAUCAACUUGUGAUUGGAAAAAAACAUGUAAGAACUUACGAUACUGAAAUAGAGGAAACAGCAUUUGCUAGAGAUUUGACGUUAACCAAGGAGCAGUGGAAGUUGAAUGGUUUGGAAGUUAUUUCUGAUGAAUAAAAUUGUACAUUUGCCUGUAUUCUAAUAGACAAUUUUUAUUACUUUAGUAAAGAUGUUAUGUAAAUGUAAUAUUAUAAUAUAUAUAAUGAAAGAAU